GCAUCUCUUUCCUUCCUUCCUUCUCCGUCCGUCAGAGACGAGCGGCAUCCGCAUCGGCGUCUGUCCGUCCCUCGGAAGUUGUCGCGGGUAAUCCCGCCAUGGAGGAGGCCAAGGGAAGUGUGGAGAUCUUGGGGUUCGUUGCUGCUGCCCCCCGGUGCUGUCGCUGACUGGUGACAGAUUUGGUCUUCGGUAUGAGGAGAGGGCGGAUUCCAGUUGUGGAGUCCAAGGAUGGAACGAUCUCCGUUGCUUCAGCAUUUGCUGGUCAUCAGGAAGCUGUACAAGACAGGGAUCAUAAAUUUUUAUCAAAAGCAGUUGAGGAAGCAUACCGAGGAGUUGACUGCGGUGACGGGGGACCAUUUGGUGCAGUUGUUGUCCACAAUGAUGAAGUAAUAGCCAGUUGCCAUAACAUGGUUUUGAAGAACACCGAUCCAACUGCGCACGCUGAAGUAACUGCGAUAAGAGAGGCUUGCAAAAAGCUUGGGAAAAUUGAGCUGUCGGAUUGUGAAAUUUAUGCAUCCUGUGAGCCAUGCCCAAUGUGUUUUGGUGCUGUUCAUCUAUCCCGGAUUAAGAGGCUGGUGUAUGGAGCCAAGGCAGAAGCUGCAAUUGCCAUUGGAUUUGACGAUUUCAUUGCUGAUGCUCUCAGAGGAACUGGGUUCUACCAGAAGGCCAACAUGGAGAUAAAGCAGGCAGAUGGAAAUGGAGCCAUGAUUGCUGAACAAGUAUUUGAGAAGACUAAAGAGAAGUUCCAAAUGUAUUGAUCCAUGGAAAUACUUGGUGGGAUGAUUUAACAUUGUGAUAGCCCUCUGAUUCUCAAAAAGAAUAACACAACCUCUGGUGUUAUGUUAUUUGUGAUGGGCCACAAAUUGUCAAUUUGAACACACUUUAUUUAUCAUUGUGCUUCCAUUUCUGAAAAUAAGAAUGCUGUCACUCCUUGUCCUUCA